UGCUUUCUCAAGUUCAGUUAUUUCGUUGGUUUUAGUUAUCUAUGUUCACCCAAUGUAAAUAUUUUAUUAAUUAUGCAUUAAAGUAAAAAAAACAUUUGAGGGGACACUUUAAAAACCACCUCUUUUGUUGUCGGUUGAUGACCACCGAGCAGACAGAGCAGAUAGAGCAGGCGCAGCAGGCGCAGCAGGCGCAGCAGGCGCUCUGUCUGCGCUCUGUCUGCUUCGCGCGGCGGGUUAGUUGGUGAUUCCCUGCGCACCGUGGCUGAGCUGCGCGCCUCGCCCCUUCAGCACCAUGACGCUGAGAUCACAUCGGGAGGGCGGUGCAGAGGAGAGGAAGAGACAGAGAGAGAAAGAAAAAAACAAGAGAGAGAGAGAAAGAGGAGGCUACGUGUUGCUGCGCAGCAACAGAUAGAAAGAAGACCCAGAGAGGAACACGGAGAGGAAUUCCCCACUGCUCAAACAGAAGCGGCUGUCAGGGCGUAUCAAUCCUGUUUUUCUUUUUUGGCUCCCAGAAUUCACAGAAAUAAAUCAACAGCCAACCUGUAGCUGGAGGCGCUGCAAGCCCCCCCAUCCUAUGAAUGAAGGAUGUGAGAACCGACGGCUGCAGCAGCAGCAGCAGCAGCAGCAGCAGCAGCAGCAGCAGCAGCAGCAAGCCUCCGGGUGCAUUCAGACACUUAGUGUAGAUAGUGUUCUCUGUCUGGAGGCAACACUCUCUUUAACAGCGGAUCCUCUGGAACGGUGUCGCCCUAUUUCUGUUCGGUAGAAACUGGAACCAGUUUGGAGCUCGGAGGACAAAGGUCCAGAGGUUGCCCUCUGACUGCGAUGAGCCGCCGCUAAAAAUGAAGAGUGUUUCAGAGAAAUCAGUGAACUGAUCGACCGUUUGAAGCAUGACAGGUCAGGUCCUUAGGGACACGACUGCCGGGGCUCCCAUGGACGACAACGCGGGCAUCCGCAUCAACGUGGGCGGCUUCAAGAAGCGUCUCCAGUCGGACACGCUCUCCCGCUUCCCCGAGACCAGGCUGGCGCGCCUCCUCCAGUGCCAGUCCAAGGAGUCCAUCCUGGAGCUGUGCGACGACUACGACGACGCGGAGAAAGAGUUUUACUUCGACAGGAACCCCGCUCUCUUCCCCUACGUGCUCAACUUCUACAACACGGGGCGGCUGCACGUCAUGGCCGAGCUGUGCAUCUUCUCCUUCAGCCAGGAGAUCGAGUACUGGGGCAUCAACGAGUUCUUCAUUGACUCCUGCUGCAGCAGCGCCUACCACUGCAGGAAGAUGGACCAGGACAGGGACGACUGGGACGACAGGAGCGACGAGGGAAGCACCACGUCGUCGUUCGACGAGCUGCUGGAGUUCUACAACGACGCCACCAAGUUCGACAAGCAGAUGCUCGGGAGCGCGCGCAGGCGCGUCUGGUUGAUGCUGGACAACCCGGGGUACUCCGUGGCCAGCCGCAUCAUCAGCAUCCUGUCCAUCCUGGUGGUGCUGGGCUCGAUUGCCACGAUGUGCAUGAACAGCAUGAGCGAGUUCAGCGUGCUGGACAGCCGGGGGGAGCCCACGGAGGACCCGCGCUUUGAGACGGUGGAGCACUUCGGCAUCGGAUGGUUCACCCUGGAGCUGGUGGCCCGGUUCGCGGUGGCCCCCGACCUGCUGCACUUCUUCGACCACCCGCUGAACGUCAUAGACCUGGUGUCCAUACUGCCGUUUUACCUGACGCUCCUCAUCAACCUGGUGGUGGAGAGCAGCCCGGCGCUCGCCAACCUGGGCCGGGUGGCGCAGGUCCUGCGGCUCAUGCGAAUUUUCCGCAUCCUGAAGCUGGCCCGCCACUCCACCGGCCUGCGGUCCCUGGGGGCCACCCUGAGGAACAGCUACAAGGAGGUCGGCCUGCUGCUCCUCUACCUGGCCGUCGGCGUGUCGUUCUUCUCCGUCAUGGCCUACACGGUGGAGAAAGAGGACAGCGAGGACCUGUCCACCAUCCCCGCCUGCUGGUGGUGGGCCACCGUCAGCAUGACCACCGUGGGCUACGGAGACGUGGUGCCCGUCUCCAUACCGGGCAAACUGACCGCCUCGGCCUGCAUCCUGGCCGGCAUCCUGGUCGUUGUGCUUCCGAUCACGCUCAUCUUCAACAAGUUCUCCCUUUUCUACAAGAGACAGAAGCAGCUGGAGAUCGCAAUGAGAAGCUGCGACUUCGACGAGGGCAUCAAGGAGGUCCCCUCCGUCAACCUGAGGAACUACUACGCGCACAAGGUGAAGUCUCUCAUGGCCAGCUUGUCGAACAUGAGCCGGAGUUCUCCGAGUGAACAGAGUCUGAAUGAGUCGUUACAGUGAAGCUCGGCUCGGAGCUGUCCGGGGUGCUGACACCCGCUGGAGGAGGAGUUGCCUCUCUGUAGCUCAGUGCAAUAACGUGUCAAUGUGUGUGUGUGGGGGGGGGGCGGGAGGGUGCGUGCGUGUGUGUGUCAGUUCCGGUGAGACAAUAUAAAGAUCACGUGCACUUUCUAAAGGAGCAACUCGGUUUUGUUUUAAGUGGGGUUCUGUGAAGAAGUGAACAGUAACUAUUGUCGUGGAAAGAUAUCACGUCACAGUGAGUCUGUGGAUAAAAGGAAAUCCUCAGAGCCACUGAAGGCUGACAGGAAGUCACGUUUUACUAUUUCAAAAAUAACUCGACCCUCAAAAUGUUCAUGUGUUUGAAAAUCAACACUGUGUCGUCGCUUUUUGUUUUUCUGUAUUCAGUCUGUCUCCGAAAGCAGAGCUGAGAAUGAAUGUUAUGGUUUUCGCUUUGGUACUUAGAGAAGACAUGGAAGCUGUAAUAUUUUCUCCAUGUUAAAUAUUCAAACACAGCAUGAUCACAACUAGGCGUUUUGCAGCACAGAUGUGAAAUGCGUAAAAGAGGGAUGUGGUGGUGAAGACUCUUAAACACAGGCUUAAAAAUUAUAUGAUUAUAUGACAAAAAAAGCAAAUUUCUACAAACCAGUGCACUCGACCUGUGCAAAAUUGUUCCAAAGAAAACAAACAGCAGUGAUUUAGUUUGUUUAUGUGUGUGAAAGCAGCAAACACAGCAGCACACACUUCAACCAGCCUCCCAUAACUGGCCCCCUUAUCUGUAACUCCGAUCCUGACAACACUGACGCAUUCUCAAGAUCAGUCUGUUAUCUGAGGAACCAGGUCUUCCUCAGACAUUGGCUUGUCACCUGUAUUGAGCCAUAGCAAAAUAUGGGUGACAUUUGGCCCCCAGACAGGGGCCAAAUGAGGCACCUGUGUUCUGUUGAACAGAAGACAGUAAAUCAAUUUCUUAUGACAACAUGCACUGACAGGGAAAUGGUGACUAAUUGGUUCCUUGAAUGAAUUUCAUUUUCUACUGUCACAGUUUUACUUUAACAGUGAAUUAAAAAUGAGGGUGUUGCAGCUUCAGCUUCAGCUGUAUUAGAAUAGGGUUGCAGUUUUCAGCUGCAAGUAGCUCUCUGACUCUCACUUGAUAUAUUAGGCCUAUAAUAUGGCCCCAUUUUUGUUUUAUUUGGUUUAUUCUUUUAUUCUGUGCCCUUUCAGAAGCAACAAUGUCUUCGCCAGGUCUAGAAACGACACAGACCUGCUUCACUUCCUACCUAAUGCACCUGAGGUGACCUAAUACAAGGAUGUGAGCAAAGUUAUUCACGCGUGAUUUUAAUAGCGCUUCUAGUUUAAUUGAAACACCGCAAUUGUGAAAUUUGUCUGGUUCUGUAUUAGCAGAACAUAGACAAAGUUUAGAGCACAUUUGUAAAGGAAGCUCAGCUGGUGAUGUUUUAGGUUUGUUCUCUUUCCAGAGUUCCCAGCUGGAAAUAAAACAAGAUCAAGAAAUUCAAAGUAUGUAUAAGGAGGGGCAGGCAAAUACACAUCUGCAUCCCGUUGAUAUAGAAAUUUUCAGUUGAAGAUGUUUUAAAUUGAUAAACAAUUUAAAAUAGGACUUCCUGCCUGAUCUGCUGUUAACCUUUCACUACUCUGAGAACUUUUCUUUCCUAAAACCUCACUGUGGUUUGCUAUCGUUCUACUGGUAAAAAAUAAACAAACAAAAAAACCUGCAAGUGAUCAUAUCUUCACCGGACCUCAGCUGAAGUGAUCCAAAGUUUCCCCUGAAGUCCUCUUCAUCAAAGUAGACCAAUCAGAUCACACCAAAGCUGAUACUCCUGUUUGUGUUGUCUACAGUCUUAGUGGUUGUGUGGGCGUCAGUGUCACAGCGUCACACUGUUAUCCACCAUUCAGCUGCACUUGUUCUGAUGAUUAAAAAAAACGAAAAAGAAAAUGUCCACAUGAACCCCCUGGUGUUUCUCCAGUUGAAGGUAACUUGAUGUGUAAAUGUGGUGUUGCAACAGUACUUCACAUGUUUGGUCGAAACGAAAUAAAUUAAAAGAAAAAUCCUGUUAUAUUU